AUGUCUGAGGUCGAAUACAAUAAUUUACUCUACCAGAUAAGUAAAAGACUCGAUGAGCUGGAUGUAGGCGACCAAUUACUGUUUUUGUGCAGAGGGAAAGUGACAGAUCAUGGCGAAGAAAACAUUCCAACCCGCUCGUUGAUUAAAGAAUUAGAAGACAACGGAUUUCUCAGUUCCGAUCGUCUAGUGCUAUUGAAGCGUGUUUUAAAAGUUGUUGAGGAAUGGACUCUUUUUCAACAAGUUGAAAAGUUUGAGGCCAAAAGAAAGGAAUACAGUCGCCUGCUUGAGAAGACGGUUCGAGUACUCGACGAGCUAAAUGAUCUGGAACGACUUGUCUCGAUUUGUAGAGGAAAGAUAACAGUAGAAAGGCAAGGAAACAUUCAUGAUGUAGGAUCGUUGUUUAGGGAGCUAGAACUAAACGACUGGCUUGGAAUUGACUGCCUCGAAACUCUAAAGGAGAUUUUAGCCCAAACGGAGAAAAUUGAUCUGCUUAACGAAGUGGAGGAGUUCGAGCAACGACUAAGUCGUGAACUGAAGUUUGAAAGGCGAAAAGGUAUUCACUGACAAAGCAAAUGUCCUGUUUCGUCAAAUUUGUUAACUACCCUUAUUCACAUGUGUUUGCAUUAUACCUAUAAUAAUAGUUUCUAAAGAUGUUGAAAAUGGCAUAUGUCUGUCUUUUAUGUUUUAGCGCAAGCUGGUGCCGUAUUGUCGUCAGUUGGCGAGAAACUGAUUGGAGGUAAGAAAUACAUUACGCUGAUCGGCCCUAGCUAAAGGAGGGAAUCGGAAGACCGACAUACUACCCAACCUUUAAUUUCAGGAUUUCGAAAGCAGCUAUAGGGAAACAUCGAACAAACAAUUGCCAAGAGAAGUUUUGCAAAAGGACACAUUCUGAGAAUAUUUGUCUAGUGUUGUAGGUUAUAGUAGUGUAAUUCAGUAUUCCAUUUGAAUUAUACGGUAAGUGUUUGAGCAAAUUUAGCAAAAGCCAAAAUGUUAUUUGUUUAAUUUGCGAACCUAUAAAAGAAAGGACAAGACUCAGCAUACGUGGAAUUUGAAGGUAAAUCGAACGCCGUUUGACUCUUCACAGGGAAGUUGUUUAAUUUAUAACUACCUACUACUGGGCUGUUAUUAAAACCACUGUCAGACAGUCUGCGAAAAAUCAAAAAAUAUAUUCAAUUACGUCAUACAUAAAUUAUACCUUCAUAACCAGCCUACCGUUAGUAGCUGUUUAUGCUUGAGUGAACUAAACUUUUUACUCAUUUGGGGAAAAAUUUGCUAUCGUAUGUUUCCCCUUUCACAUGUUUCGCUUUUAAAUUAAAAUAGUAAAUAAGUUUUAUAAUCUAAAAAGGUAUCUUCGUACCUAUAUGUUUGUAAGCGCCGUAGCUUUGAAGACUAGUUUUCACUUUUUUAGUAUCCUUAUUUUCACUCAAAUCUUAUUUUCACUGCCUCUCACCUUUCCUUCUUGUCGCCAAAGAUAUGGCGACAAGAUAUAUGUUUAGUUUUCAUUCUUUGGUUUUUUGUAUAUUUCCUACGUGUUCAUAAGGGUCAGUGUGUAAAAAAUUGUAAAACAUAACAACAAAAAUUAUUAAAAUACAAAUAAGAUAUGGCGGGAGGGAGGAUUCAUGAUUAACCAUUUUCAGGCUCCCUUUUUUGUGACCCCUUCUAGUGCAUUGCAGGUUAUAAAAGGGACAGGAGGGGGGAAUCGUGUACAGACCUGGGAACAAGAAAAGUUGCCUGGCUGGUAACUUAAUUCCUCAAAGAGUCUGCAAAUGGGAGGAGAGAAUAUACAUUACUGGGGUGACAAUGUUUUCGGCUAAAGACAGCAUCUAGCUACAGGCUUUAGUAAAUCACUUUGAAAGCUGACUUUGUGUUUUUGUUGUCUUACCCGCCCAAUUAUUUGAGAACCCUGAAGAGUGCGUUCUAUUCUUUGUGUUUUAGUGUUAAACAUGAAGACUCUGUUCAAAGCUGUAGCAGGAGGCUUUACAAUCGCUUCCAGCUUGGAGCUGUUGAUUCGGGACUCAACAUAUGGCGAGCUCAUCACGGCAGUUAACACAUGCGUACUUCCUUCUGGCGCAAGUUUGAUUCGAAUAACCGAAGGCUGUGUGUGUCUCAAAGUUCAAGUAAAAAGUCGUUCAGCCCUUGAAAACCUGUGGAGUAUGUACACGGACGGGACCCUGAAAGCCUGCUUGCAAACCUUACUUGUCACUGACGAAAUGAGAGAAAUUGCUGGCGGAGAGCAAGUGGAAGUCAUAGUGACCAUCGACGAACUAGAAUAUGAGAAAGCCCGGACAGAGUUAAUCAGUGAAGCUCAAGGUGCAUGAGAUAUUUGUAACAGUUAGUAAUUCCCUUCCCCCUUACCUAUACAUACUUUCUGAAGUUACAUGGGGAAAACGGAUUUAGGGUUAUUGGUCAAUUAUGGAGAGUCACUAAGAGACUAAGGUGUUGGUUUCGAAAAAUACUCAGUCUGUAACUUUGCGUUGGUGCGGAAGUGCAAACGAUUGGUAUUAUUGACUACGUAAACGUAGAUUGUGCAUCAUAAGGAGAUUGAAAAGCUGACGUUUCAAAGGUUAGCGCUGGUUUUCACUAUACCGACGGAGUCGUAACAGAAGUCGUAAGAGGGCUUUUAACCUAGUGGAAAUCAAAAAUCGGAGACGUAAGCAAAAGUCGGAAGCACAAGAGCGGAAUGAUAAAUUAAUCACAAUACAAUUUCUUACGCUUUGUAAUUGGUUUAGUUCUUCCGCCUCUGCUUCCGACUGUGACGAUCUGGUCUUCACUAGAUCAUAAGUGGAACGUACAUGAGGGAAUCGUAAGCGGAAUCAGAACGCUGUUUUCACUAGAUCAUAAGCUCCACCCCUUUGAUUACGACUCCGACUCCCUCGCUAGUGAAAACCAGCCUUUAGCAUUUCGUCAGGGGUAAAUCAGGGGAAGUUGGGAAGUGUGUAAUUUAUAUGCAGGAAGUGGGAGGUAGGUCAUGGUAGCGUCAAAGACUAAAAAUUAGUCGAAUAAAUGAAGAGCGUUGACUCUGUAGGGUUUAAGAAUUCCAAUUUUUUUCUCUUGAUGUUUGCGUCAUCCUUAAUACUUCAAAUAACUCCUACGUGAUUACAUCAUACUGAACUCACAAGAUAUUUUAACAUGUUCCCAUGUUGAUAGGGUUAGCGAUGUUUAAUGAGAAAACACUCUUAAUACUAUCCCACUUUCACUUCCGAUUCAUUUGUCUUAUUUCAGUUCCUUUGCUCUAACAUUCAUUUGCGUUUCUUUUGCCAUCACACUUUUAUAUUUUAAAGGUCCUGUUGUACAGAGGGAGGAGAGGCAGGUUGAAAAUUUUACCUACAUUAAUGUUCAGAGAUAUUUAGAACAAAACAAGCUGGAUAUCGAUUCACAUAGCACAACAACCGAAACAAGCGACAGUGGAAUGUCGGAAUCACCCGGUGCACCAACUGAGCUUGGAAAAGGAGAAACUAACGGUAAAACACACUUGAUAAUAAAACCCAUGAUUAGACCUUGAGCAUUUCAAGAACAACCGGGAGAAACAUCGUCGUAUUAAAUAAAUAUUCACAUAGGAUAUCAAUAAUGACUGGAGGCCUCGACAAAUCCAAACAUUAUGUAAUCUUGCAUAGUUUCCUGUUUAUAUUAAACGCAUUGCAUUUUUUUUUAAUAUUUUCUCUUCUUCCUAGAUUCCGUCUCCAAUCUGUGUUUAAAAGAUCUAAGUAGAACAGUGAUAGCAGAACUGGUAUGCAGACUUCGAGUGGACCCCACUGCUCUUCAGCGAUUUUAUCAGUCUUUUGGGCUUGAUCGUGAGAAAGAGUCCCUCUAUAUGCUGGAAAAUAUAGCCGAACUCUUUCCUGACACUCCAGUCAAGCUGUUAAAAGACGUUUUUCAGGAGUUGCAGUUGUACGACCUUGCAGAAAUGCUGGAGAAAGUAAAAUCGCGCGCACUUCGUCCUUCUCUUCCCCUGAAAGAAAUGAAGAAGUUGUUAAACGCCAGUGAACGUCCUUCAAAGGUUUAUAGUAAAUCAGAAGUUUUGAUUAUCGAGUACUCUGACAGGAAUGCUACUGAAGACGCUUAUCCUGAUGUUGAGAGAAUUGGAUGUUUUUUCCAAGCUCUAAAUUCACAGAGCCAAAUAACUAAAUUAACAGUGAAGGUUGCAGGACAAACGGAGAAUGAGCUGAUGGCGUUGAGGAAAAGC